AUGUCCGCCACAUCUGCAGCGGCCAAGGUGCUCAUGAGGAACUUCCCCAAGAGCUGGGUUGCUGAGAGUGCUCGAGCAGGCCUGGCAGCCCGAGUUCAGAAGAUCCUCUCUCGUUUUGGUGCGCUCACUGGGGAACCGGAAGUCUUUGAUGGUGGCGCUGAUGUCACCGCCAUCGCUGAGUUCGACUCCCUCGAUGCAGCGCAGGCUGCCGUGCAGACGCUCUUUGGCGCAGAUAUGCGCACCGGGGCAGAGAAGAAGGCUGCCGGCAACCGGCCGCCCCUGGAUUCCGAGCGUUUCUGGGUUGAGAUCAAGGUGCGCCCGAAGUCUUCCACCCAGGUGCAUCCUGGGCCGACCCUGCCCCCGGAGGUGCCUGACGAGUCCUUCAUCCUGGUGCGGGGCUUUCCGGGCAGCUGGGCAGAACCGCAGGUGAAGUACCUCUUCGUAGUCUUUGGCGGCACCUCUUCUGUGCGGCUGGUGCCUGAUGCCCGCUUUGGGCGCGCGGCCCAAGUGAGGCUGAAGGACGUGUCUGCUAUGGAACGCGCAGCAGCGUCUUUGAAUGAGACGGAUGUUGGAAGUGACAUGAUCCAGGAGUGCCACAUCUUCUGUGAGCACGUGGUGGGCCUCCGGGAACAAGAGUCAGCCCAGGCCGAACGCCAGCGCGAGGCGCAAGCGGCGGAGGCCGAACGCCAGCGUGAGGCGCAAGCGGCGGAGGCCGCGGCCGCUGCCGCUGCCGAGAAGGCCGCCGAGAAGGACAGGCGUCGCGCGGAGAAGGAGAAGCGGCGGCGGGAGAAGGAGGAUCGUCGGCGAGAGAAGGCUGAGGAGAAAGAGCGGCGGAAGGCUGAGGAGGAGAUGCAGAAGGCGGAGGAGCAGCGCAAGGAGGAGGAGAGGCUUCGGCUCGAAGCUGAAGAGGAGGCGCGGCUGAAGAAGCAGGUGGAGGAGGAGGAGGAGCAGCUUCGAAGGGAGGCGGAAGAGGAGGAGGAGCGCGAGCGCCUGGAAGAGGAGAGACGGCGUGAAGAAGAGGAGGAGGAGAGGCUGCGGCUCGAGGAACAGGAGGAAGAGGAGCGGCUCAGAAGGGAAGCAGAGGAGCUUCAGAGACUGAGACGAGAAGCCGAGGAGGCCGAGCGGCGGCAUUUCCUCGCAGAAGAGCAGGCGCGCAUCAUGCGCGAAAUGGAGGAGCGACGGGAAGAGGAGCAGCGCCGACGUGAGGAAGAGGAGCAAGACCGCAUUCGCAGGGAAGAGGAGGAGAGGUGGCGUGAGGAGGAGGAGGAAGCGCGACUUCGGCUGCAGGCCGAAGAGGAAGAGGAGGCGCGGAUGCGAUUGGAGGCCGAGGAGGAGGAACAGCAGCAGCUUGCGCGGCAAGCCGAGGAGGAGCAGCGCCGAAUGUCGGAGCUCCAGACGCAGAAGCCUUCCAAGCGGAAGAAGAGCCGUACGGCCAGCCGCCCUCGGCGGCGGCGCCGCAGAAGCUCCGGAUCCAGGGGCUCCAGGGCCUCCAGGGGCUCGGGUGAGCACCGGAAGCGGCGUGCCAAGAGAGGCCGCCGCAGACGCAGUUCCUCAGACGCCACGCGGCCAGAUGCAGACAAAGAUUCAGCAAUGGAGGCCGCCGCGAGUUUCGACACGCAGAGCCAGGUUCCCUCCAUGGGCACUGAGACAGCCAUGGAUUGGGCUGGCCAAAUGCCGCCAGCUGUGCCAGCUGGAAGCCACUCAGGUAUUGAGCUGCCGCCUGCUCUGGCGCCGCCUUUGGCGUGGCCGUUGGUGCCGCCUCUGGCGCCGUUGCCGCAGGAGAUCGCAGCCCCGCCGCCACCGGCCGAGCCGGCGGUUCCGCCCGCAGCUCCCCCACCCACGGCUCCGCCACCCACCGCAGCUCCGCCACCCGCCGCAGCUCCGCCACCCGCAGCUCCGCCCGCGGCACUUGCUGAGGCAAAGGCGGCGCCGAAGGCGGAGGCAAAGCCAGCGCCCAAGCGAGGCAGCUUCUCCAUGGCCUGGGGUGCAGUGCCGGCCCAAAAGGCCACCGCGGUGCCGCAGCCGGUGAACCUUUACCAGCAGCAGUUCCAGCAGUGGCAGCAGCAGCAACAGCAGGUGCAGGAGCAUCACCGCUGGGAGCAGGAGCGACAGAAGCGGAUGGAGGAAGAACUGCGGGCGGAGUUGCAGCAGCAGCUGAGGCAGAAGCAAGAAGAAGAGCAGCGGGCAGAGGAGGAGAAGAGAAGGCAGAUCGAGCUGCAGAGGAUGGAGCAGAGAAGGUUAGAAGAGCAGAAGCUAGAGGAGCAGAGGCUGGAGGAGCAACUGGAGGAGCAGAGAAGGUUGGAAGAGCAAAGGAACAGAGAAGAGCAGCGCCGACUGGAAGAGCAGAUGAGAAUAGAAGAGCAGAAAAUGUUGGCCGAGCAAGCGCGGCUGCAAGAACAAGCACGUCUUGCAGAGGAGCAGCGACGGGAAGAAGCGAGGUCUGAACAGGAGCGUCUGCGCUACAUGCAGAUGUGGCAGCAGGAGGCCCAGGCCCCCAACCAGACACAGCAGUCCGUGCCGUGGCGGCCGCCCCACUUUCCUUCGGGCCACUUCCCGCCGCCAGCUGCGCCACCGCCGCCGCCGGCUGCGCCGCCAGCACCGUCCCAGUUCGGAGCGCACGCGGCGCAAGCAGCGCAAGCGGCGCACGCGGCGCACGCGGCGCAUGCGGCUGCGCACUUUUGGCAGUUCAGCUCGGCACCGGCAGGAUCCGGGGUGCCGACGUCAUCGAUGCCAGCGCCAGCGCCAGCGCCGACGGCAGCAGAAGCCGAGCCCGAGGAUGCGACGGAACCGUCGCACUCGGCUGAGGAGGACGAUGCUGACACGGAGGCCCCUACGGAGGAGUCGGACUACGACCCCUUCGCCGGAGCGGCGCAGGCGGCGGCAGCCUCUCAGGCGGCCUCCGCACAGGCGUCGCAGGCCAAGAGCGAGCGGCAGGCGCCGAAUUUUCUGGCUGCCGAUGAUGAUGGGGAGGAGGACGAGGGCGCCUUCGAGUCCCUCAUCGAGAUGCUCCGCGCGGCCGAGACUUCGAGGGGAUCCGAGACCUUGAGGCCCGCUGAGCCUGAACCACAGAGACCCUCGCGGCCGAUGGAUGGGGGUGAAGCCUUCGCCAAAGCCAACCCGAAGCCCAAGAAGAAGGAGUUUUUCUUCAAUCCUGCCACGCAGCGAUGGGAGCCGAAGGCCGCGCCGCCCUCGCCGCCCAAGCCGGAGCCCGGGCGGAGCCAAGGCCCCGGGUUGGGUGCCGGCCCCCUCUUCCGCGAGCCCUGGCGCGGCGAGCGGAUCUCGCCAGCAGAUCCCCCACGGCCGGCGCCGCGGAAGCUGGUCAUCGCCAGCUGUGAGGUGGAGGCCAGGGCUGAUGCCGCGAGCGGCGGCUGCAGCUUUGCGCAGGCGUUGGCGGUUCGGCUGGCCCUGCGGUUCGAGUCGCGUCCGAAGGAUAUCCUCGUCAGUAUGAGCGAGGCAGGGCUGCCGGCGGCCAAAGACCAGCGGAGCACGGUGAAGACCAUCAUGCGCCUGUGCCACCCCGACAAGUGCAAGCACCCCGAGGCGAAGCGCGCCAUGCAGAUCUUGGGGCCGUUGCUCUCCUAG